GAGCCGGCCGGGGCAGGAGGGCGCCCCGCUCCUCCAGGCACCCCACCAUGGGCAAUGCCUCCAAUGACUCCCGGCCCGAGGACUGCGAGACUCGACAGUGGCUCCCCGCGGGCGAAAGCCCGGCCAUCAGCGCCGUGAUGUUCUCCGCCGGGGUGCUGGGAAACCUGAUCGCGCUGGCGCUGCUGGCUCGCCGUUGGCGCGGGGACGCGGAGCGCAGGAACGCCAUCUCCCUGUUCCACGUGCUGGUGACGGAGCUGGUGUUCACAGACCUGCUCGGGACCUGCCUCAUCAGCCCGGUGGUGCUGGCUUCGUACGCGCGGAACCAGACCCUGGUGGCCCUGGCGCCCGAGGGCCGCGCCUGCACCUACUUCGCUUUGGCCAUGACCUUCUUCAGCCUGGCCACGAUGCUCAUGCUUUUCGCCAUGGCCCUGGAGCGCUACCUCGCCAUCGGGCACCCCUACUUCUACCAGCGCCGCGUCACGCGCCGCGGGGGCCUGGCCGUGCUGCCGGCCAUCUACGCCGUGUCCCUGCUCUUCUGCUCCCUGCCGCUGCUGGACUACGGGCAGUACGUGCAGUACUGCCCCGGGACGUGGUGCUUCAUCCGGCACGGGCGCGCGGCGUACCUGCAGCUGUACGCCACCCUGCUGCUGCUGCUCAUCGUCGCCGUGCUCGCCUGCAACUUCAGCGUCAUCCUCAACCUCGUCCGCAUGCACCGCCGGGGCCGGAGGAGCCGCUGCGGGCAGGCCCUGGGCAGCGGCCGGGGCGGGCCCGGGAUCCGCCGGCGCGGGGAGCGGCUGUCGGUGGCGGAGGAGACGGACCACCUCAUCCUCCUGGCCAUUAUGACCAUCACCUUCGCAGUCUGCUCCUUGCCCUUCACAAUUUUUGCAUAUAUGAAUGAAACCUCUUCCCGCAAGGAAAAGUGGGACCUUCAAGCUCUUAGAUUUUUAUCAAUUAAUUCAAUAAUUGACCCCUGGGUCUUUGCCAUCCUUAGGCCUCCUGUUCUGAGCCUCAUGCGUUCCAUCCUGUGUUGUCGGAUUUCAUUAAGGACCCAAGAUGCAGCACAGACUUCCUGCUCCACACAGUCGAAUGCCAGUAAACAGGAUGACCUUUGUGGACAGUAGUUAAAAAGUGCUUAGUCGUUAAACAUCUGGAAGAUCAUUUUGAAAUGGCUCCUUAGAGAAAUGAAAACAGUUCGUAGGUAAACAAAAUGAAGCUACCCUAAUAAAAAGGUUAGUAAACAAACAUUUAGGCAGUGGUCAGAGCUGCGGAGGUGCUGACAAGGUGUCAGAAAUGUAUAAAAUCUCCAUCAGCGUGUGACUUGGCCUUGACGGGAGAUCUAGUGGUGUUUUGAUUUAAGCUUUCCUACUGAAUGACAAAGCAUGUGGUUUUGUUAUUUGUUGCAAACCCCAAUGGUUGCUGUCUUUUCUAUUUUAAGCGUCUGUGCUUUGGUAAACAUACGGUGUACAGACCAGCUCAAACUUCAUAGGCGUUCUUAUGGAAGCAACCAAGCCUGCUGUCUUAAGAUUUUCUAACGAACCCUUUAUCUGGACAGUGAAGUUGGAAAUCCUAGGUGCCUUCUCCUGUGAUGCUUGUGUACGUGGGAGUCUUGCCAUCACUACAGUCUUACCCUUACGAGAGUGGACACAGUGGGUUAAUGUUCACUCGUGCCCUGGAGCUGUUCACCAAAUUGUCAGGUGAUAUAUUUCACACUGUCCGUUAUGUAAUAGUAAUCAGGAAGACUUCAGAAAUUUUCCUCUUAGUAAGAAAUAAUAGAAAUGUUUCAAGAAAGUGAAUUCUGAUUAAUACUGUUUAUUCUACUGCCAAAGAAGAACAUGUGUAGCUACAUCGGAAGCCAUAUAUUAGGGUUAAAAAUGGAAAAAUCUGCUUCAUUCUUCAGAGAGACUGGAACUCUUUCAAUGUUGACAUUGGGGCUGUGAGUAACAGACACGUUAUGACUGUGUUGUAGUAAAAUUCAUCUGUCUAUAUUUUAUUUAGGAAACAUGGUUUGACUCAUAUAGGAAAUCAUGUAACCGUGAUUCAUAGCUCACAUUUCUAAAUGUUUGGCAUAGUGUGAACUCAGCAUCAAAAUAUUUCAGUGAAUUUGCACUGUUUAAUCAUAGUUACUAUGUAAGCUCAACUGAAAUGUUACAGAAAUAAACUAGAAAACAAAAAUUUGAAAAUGGAAUAGGGUUUGAUGAACUACCCCAUAUCACAUUUUACAAUUAAUAUAGGCAUAGUGUCUUUUAAAAGGGGAAAAAUUAUAUUUAAUUUGGCAGAUUUAUACAUAUGUAGUGGCCAGGUUUUUAAAGCAUGGUUGCAUUGUAAAUUAGAGUUUAAAAUCUUCAAUAUAGUACUUGGAAUUAGAAGAUGUUUUUCCUUUCAGUUUUACACUUCCAGUAUGAUCUUUAUUUUUUUUACAGUGUUAUUACAGGAAAGCUGUUAUUUAAAACAAAAGUUAUUUGUUAUUUUUUCCCAAAGUCUCAUUGAGUUGUUUACCCAAAACCGUUUCCUAUAAGAAGUUAUCAAACUUGAUGAUCACUUAAAAUUAUUCCAAACCAAUUUAGUCAUUAGUGCAUUUUGAUAUAAUCUAUGUCAAAUUAGCUCUUAUGUUUUAAAAGAAUAAAUAAAUGGUUUGCUUUUCUAUAAAUUUAAACAAGCCAGGCAAAAUUUAACUUUACUAAAAUCUGGACACAUAAAUAAAUCUUUCUUCCACACCAGGCAUUCUAAAGUUAAAUUAUUCUAAAUGGGACUAAUUAGGCCCCUGGGUAAUUUCUAAACGUGAAAUUCUGAAUUUACUUUGAUCUUGAAGAUCAAUUCCCUUUACUUCAAAUGAAAAUGUCAACUACAAUCCCUCAACCCACCUCACCACCCCUAAAAUUCCAGAAUAAUGCCUGCACACUAAAAAUGUUGGACAUAAUACCACUGAUAGGAACAAAAUGAUUCAAUCUAGGACCCCCAAAUAAUAAGAACUUAAGUCGUUUAAGAACUGGUAGAUUUCUGGAACGUUUUUUCCUCAUGCACUCCUGUCCCGUAUACUGUGUUGAAUGACUAAAUCCUAUUAUUUCAUUUGCAUCAAUAAAUACAUAAAAGGAAUUUGAAAAUGACAUUCUUCUGUAAUGGUCAAUCACCUAUUAAAGACCAUUUAAAGGUAACUUAGAAAAAAUACUAAGAUUAGAGAUGGAAAUAUUUCCUUUCUAUUAAUCCUGUCACAUCAGACUUUAUUCAUUCUCAAGUUAAAUUUAAAAAGAAAGAAAAUAGCUUAAUAUAUUACAGAACCAAAUUCUGAUAAAGGAACUAGAUUUUAUUCUUUGCACUCAGUAGUCA